ACCUCUCCGGCCGCCCAUCUCCUCGCCGCAGCGCUCCGCCCCCUUUCCCUCCCUCCCUCCGCGAGCCUGGCGCUGUCUUUUAUCGCUCUGCUGUUGGCGGGGGUCGCUGUUGCAGCGCUAUGGCCUCGCCCGCUUGCCCUCCUCCUCCGACGUCGCCUCAGCCCGUCACUCACCUCAUCUUUGACAUGGACGGUCUCCUCCUGGAUACUGAACGUCUUUAUACUAUUGUGUUCCAAGAAAUCUGCAACCGCUUUGGAAAAACCUAUACCUGGGAUGUAAAAUCCUUAGCAAUGGGUAAAAAGACAUUGGAGGGAUUAACCAUUAUGCGAGAUGCCCUGGACCUCCCGAUAACCAUAGAAGAACUACUUCAUGAAAGUAAAACGAAGCAAGAAAAAGUGUUCCCCACAGCUGCAUUGAUGCCAGGUGUUGAAAAACUAAUCCGCCAUCUACAUCAACACAACAUACCCAUAGCUGUUGCCACCAGCUCAUCUCGGGUGACAUUUGAAAUGAAAACAAGUCGACACAAAGACUUCUUUAAUUUAUUUCAUCAUAUUGUGUUGGGAGAUGACCCUGAAGUGAAGGCUGGCAAGCCAGAGCCUGAUGUGUUUUUAGUCUGUGCAAAGAGAUUUAACCCUCCUCCGCCUCCAGAAAAGUGUCUUGUCUUUGAAGAUGCCCCCAAUGGAGUCAAGGCAUCACUGACAGCGGGAAUGCAAGUGGUGAUGAUUCCAGAUGAAAACCUGAACAAAGAUCUUACGAAAGAAGCAACUCUAGUACUCAAGUCGAUGGCUGAUUUCAAACCAGAAUUGUUUGGUUUACCACCAUUUGAUUGAGAAUAGUUUAACUUUUAAAACAUUUUAAUUUAGCCAUAUUGAUUUCAGGAAAAAAGGCUUUUUAGAUUAUUGUAAACAUGUGUUCCACUUUUAUUAUUAGACUAUACUGAAAAUCUCCUUUAUUAAAAUUGCACAGAUGGAAAGAUUGUACACCAGACCCCUUGAAACUUAUAGCCACUUAGAUGGGAACUCAAAAGGCCUACCCAGUACUAAACACAGGAGGUAGAUUUUCAUAGGGAUUGCAGCAUAUCAGCUGUGAUCGCGAAGAAAUGUAUCCCACCCAGACAGCAGUUAGCCUUAGGCACAAAGCUCUCAUUGGUGCCAGUCAUUGGGAUCUUGAAAAUCCUCAUAGGCCAUCACGGAGUUAGGGAUUGGCUGAGCUACUAUUUCCAUUCUGUUUAGGUCUCAUUGGCACUCAGUUCUUGGUUUAGCCCAUCUGUUCAGACUCAUUCUGUCCCAUUGUGUGCCCUUUUUACAUUAAGUGCACAUUUUUUAGUGUUCUUCAUCUGCAAAAUAUGCAGUUUGUACACAUCUUUUACAUAAAUUAUGUACUUUUGUGCACAGAAAAUGUAUUGCAAAAUCUGGAGAAGUGCAUAAUCUGACCGGGCAUUCCGAUCCACCCGCAAGUUCAGGUGUGUCAGGUUGGGUUGGACCAUUCCAAAAAACAAAACAAGAAACCAAAUCAAUUACUCCCUCAUCCCUAAAAGCAGUAUAAGGAAAAGCAGUAUAUGCAGGUUCCUUUACUGUGUCUAAAUGGGCCUUGAAUUAUGUCUUGGUUUUUUUCUGCCUUGCUUGAAAUUCCGCAUUUCUAUAAUGUUCUGGCUUCAUCUUGAUUGGGGGAUAUCAUGUACUAUAAGCCCAUGAUACAAAAUCUGUUGCAAAAUUCUUACUUGCCUGGAUCAAAGCCAGACAAACAGGUUGUAAGACUGCAGGCAGGACUCUGCUAAUUUGAGCGUUUCUUUCAAAGUAAUUGUUUUAGAUGUGUGGUUAUAAUUCCUUUAUACAGUUGCUACCAGCCCAACAGAAUAUUCUCUAGUUGUUGUCUUUGCUUGCACAGACUGGCCAUGUUCUUUUGCUGUUCUGUUUUUCUUUUCAUUGUGCUUUUUCCUUUCCCAGCAGUGCCAAUGGUAGAGAAAACAUCUCUUGCUAGCUUCAGGAUCCCUCUGCUAAGUGCCAAAACAGUUCUAUUUCUCCUCCUCCCUGUUUAUCUUGAUUAACCUUAUUUGGUGACUUCAUGAUUGCAUCAUUUGUUCAGAUUCAGUUUGCCGGGUGAUGUUUUCAUUGUUGCCUUUUCUGGCGCUUUGAUCAGAACUGCACUAUCCUCACAUGUCUUGAGAUGGCAUCUGCAAUGUUGCCCAUGGAAAACAGAAUUGUAUGUACCUAGCACUGACCCAUAUUCAAAUUCUUUAUCAGGAAAAAGCCAAUUAUUGGAUUUAAAUAAAUUGUGCUAAUCAAAGUGUU